AUGAUCACUGGACAGUCAGAGGACUGGCCAACUGCUGAAGCUAUAUUCUCGAUCGUUCCCAAUCUGCAAAGUGUGAUUGAUUUUGUCGCACUUGAAAAUUGUGUUGUCUUCAUAGAUCAAAGUGGAUCAUUGAAAAGAUAUGUUUUUCCAGAUGAGGGCGCAACUUGCGGUAGCGUCGAGUCACUUGAAUCUUUCAACGAGUGGUUGAUUUAUAGAUCCAUCAAAAAAAAUUCAAACGUGGCAUUCACCAAAAUUGUCGGCUGUUUUAAGACGUUUGUCGUCUUCACUGAUGAUGGUCUGAUUGUGAUAGGGAAAAAGCAAGAGCAUCUGUUUUCCAUGGAGGUUCCUCGAAAGCUUCAGAAUGAAUCGAUCGUUGACAUCGUGGUGGGUGACUACCAUUAUCUCGCUAUCACGAAAAACGGUGAUCUUCUAAGCUGGGGUUUAGAACUGCAAUCAAACGGAUGCUUAGGUUUAGGUAGUGAAACUGAUACUGGUGUCAUGCAAGAAGAGGGUACAAGUCUUAGAGUCGUCGAUCCUACCGUGGUCCCUAAGCAAAAUACGAACGGUCAAUGGUUGAGAAUCGCAGCCGCCGGCUGGCACUCUUGUGCUGUAUAUGUCAACAAAUCACCGUGA